AUGCGUACAAAGGCGAGCUGGUCAGCUUCUGACUUGCUUCAAGAUACAUCAGCAGACAACGCACGAUGCCAGACUCUGUCCUUGUGCUCGGCCUCGGCGAGCUAGGCGUGGAAGUCGUCAAAUCUUUGGCGACUCAUCCAGCACGACGCGAAACGAAGAUCGCUGUAUUGCUCAGGUCGAAGAAGCCCGAGCAGCUAGAGCAGCUUCGACAAUGGAAUGUCAAGGCGGUAUACGGAAAUGUCGAAGACGAUACAGAAGAACAACUCGCCGUCAGCUUCGAGCCAUACCAUACCCUCAUCUGCUGCACUGGAAUGUAUCUUCCACCCUCGACACAAAUCAAGAUCGCAAAAGCAGUCCUCGCAGCUGGCGUGAAACGCUACUUUCCAUGGCAAUUUGGUAUCGACUACGAUGUGAUCGGACGAAACAGCUCGCAAGACUUGUUCAACAGCCAGCUAGACGUGCGAGAGCUUUUGCGAGGGCAGUCUUCGACGCGUCAUGCCAUAAUCUCGACUGGGAUGUUCAUCAGCUUCUUGUUCGAGCCGUCCUUCGGCCUUGUGUCCGCGGAACGAGACACUGUGACUGCCAUCGGCAGCUGGGAGAACGAGAUCACAGUGACAAGUCCCGAAGACAUCGGCAAGAUCACUGCUGAGAUUGCCCUUGCUCACCCCGACCUGGCAGGGGUCGUAUAUGUUUCUGGCGACACGAUCUCGAUGCAACGGCUUGCAGAUGUCGUCGAGCAGAGCACGGGGAAGAAAGUGACGCGCCAGCUCAAAUCGGUGUCGGACUUGAAGCAAGAGCUGACGGAAGAUCCGAAUGACAGCAUGAGGAACUAUCGUGUUGUGUUCGGAGAAGGCGUUGGAGUAAGCUGGUCGAAGGCUGCAUCUUUCAACGAGAAGCAAGGCAUGAAUACACAGACAGUUGCGGACUGGGCCGAUCAGCAUCUGCGAUCGCUAUGCUGUCACUCGAGAUAUCGCUGA